GGAAAAUAUACAUUUUUCCGGGAAUUUUUUUCGUCUUCUCCAUUGGGAUUUUUUAUUUUUUCGUCUAUUUUACGAUGUUUGAGAGUAUGUCUUUGUUUUGAGACAAGGUUUGCCAUGACGGUGUUAUCUCCGCCGCUGGGCUGACGGUGGACCACGACGUUGCCGGCAUGAGCCGUUUCUCCGAGAUGGCCGGUUGAACAGGCCCAAAUGGCAGGCCUGUACCUGUUGUGGUUGCUGGCCUGCGUACUCCCUUCGCUCUCCUUCCAGUCUCCCCGCUCCGUACUCGUACUCACCGAACUCUGCUACUAUCCUCUCAACAUGACCAGGGUCAACGACAAAUUGAAAAGUCUCAAUAUCACUACAGUCGAUGUUCUUGGACGAGAUGAUUUGUGCGAGAAUCAACAGAAACUGCUCCACACCCUAUCUGCAAGCUCUGGAUUAGUUUUGGGAUCUUUUCGACCGGAUAUUUGCUCAUCGGUUCAAUAUCUGAACACUUACUUCAAUACGACCUUAUUAUUAUGGAACUGUCCGAAGGGCUUAGCUGAAGAAGAAAAAGAACAAGACGAAGAUAACAAGAAGAUCCUGCAUUUGGGACCGACUAUAUCCGAUAUAGCUGGAGGAUUUGCCAAUGUGGUCGCCGAUAUGAAGUGGAAGUCCGUUGCGAUAAUUACAGUCGCAUCAGGUUGGUGGCCUAUCCUCUCACAUAAGCUGGAGCUGGAGCUUAGGGAAUUGGGAAUCGUCCCUAAGCACUCCUUCGUGUUUGGGAAAGAUGCAUCCCUAAGGCAUAUUGAAGGCAAACUUUCAGCCCUUGAUAAAAACCCUUGUAGAGCUCUUGUUUUUUGUUUACCCCCCGACCGAUUGGGUUUGUCCAUCCUGGAAAGUACAAAACAGCUCAAUACCAGUUUAGAAAACAGUUUAUUUAUUUUUCUCGACAUCCUGACUUUGCCAUCGUGGAAGUCCAGCCUGGAUAAAGUCAUGACAACCAACAACAGCAUUAACACAACCUCUACAUUGUCUUCUCAACCUCAAGACAUUCUGCUUUUUCUGGACAGAAUUACACUAAACUCAACGAUAGAGGAAAAUGUAAUCAAGAACAUUGGUGAUAGUUUUAAUAUAAGUCGGGUUCGGGUACCGCCUUCGUUUGUGCUUGUUGAUGUGCAAAAUUUGACAAUGCGACCUUUGCUCAAUGUUUUUGAAACUAACGGAAGUAACGGGUAUCGAACUGUAACUGUGAGUGAUAAUUUUGAUCAAUGGUGGACUACGCAUAAACAAUUGGAAGAGUGUGAUGCUUUCUGUAAAUUUUCAGCGGAAAAUUUAGUUAGUGCUUGGUUAUACUGGGUGAUAUCCUGCUCAAUUUUACUGAUAUUUUUUCUAUUGGGACUGACGGCUUUUGUGAGAUAUAAGCUUCUGAAGAAAAAGACUGCCAAAGCACCAUUCAAGGUCUUAUUGUCUGGUGCAGACUUUGUGUUUCCUCAAUUGUCUGAUAGACCAAGGGUGGAUGAAGGAAUCGAGGCGAUGCUUUGCUGCUGGCUUCAGCAACUCCAAGAAUUCGGAGGACCGGAAGUGGACAAGCCGGACUUGCUCCAAAACUCCGGUGGGGCUUCAGCUAGGACUCCCAUGAGGACUAGUUCAACUCCGAACUUGGCUAAACAGAUUAUUGUUGAUCCGAGAGUCAGAUAUAACGGAGAUUUAGUUCAAAUGAAACCUGUGCCUUCCAAUGGAAGUUGUGAAAUGAAGGCGAAGACCAUAGAAUUGUUGGUGUUAUUGCACGGACUCAGACAUGAAAAUUUAAAUCCUUUAAUUGGUGUUUUGGCAGAAUCGCCUAGAGCAGCGCUGGUGUCGGAAUAUUGUGCCAGAGGGUCAUUGCAGGACGUUUUGCAGCAAGAUGACAUCAAAUUGGAUUGGUCGUUUCGUCUAAGCUUGUUAACGGAUUUAGUGAGGGGCAUGAAGUAUCUCCACUCAACCCAAAUUAGAGUACACGGCUAUCUGACCUCCAGAAAUUGCGUAAUUGAUGCCCGAUGGGUGCUCAAAGUCACGGAUUAUGGUCUGCCAGCAUUCUACGAGGCUCAGGGGAUCCAACUUCCAAACAAGAACUCAAGAGAAUUACUUUGGACAGCUCCGGAACUUCUACGCCACAACAAUUUGAGGAAAAGAGGUACACAACCAGGCGAUGUAUACUCUUUUGGGAUAAUUUUACAGGAAGUUGUUGUCAGAGGCGAACCAUUUUGUAUGUUGGCCCUUACACCGGAAGAAAUUAUAGAAAAAGUGAAACAUCCUCCGCCUCUGAUUAGGCCUUCUGUGAGUAAAGGCGCCGCCCCACCAGAAGCCAUCAACAUCAUGAGGCAGUGUUGGGCUGAACAGGCGGACAUGCGUCCAGAUUUCAACGCCGUCCAUGACUUAUUCAAGAAGCUGAAUCACGGCAGAAAAGUGAACAUCGUCGAUACCAUGUUCCAGAUGCUGGAGAAGUAUUCGAACAAUUUGGAGGAGCUGAUCAGAGAGAGGACCGAACAGCUGGACAUCGAGAAGAAGAAGACUGAACAGUUGCUGAACAGGAUGCUGCCCAGUUAUGUUGCAGAAAAACUAAAAUUGGGCAUGCCUGUCGAUCCUGAAGAAUACGAAGAAGUUACUAUUUAUUUUUCUGAUAUUGUAGGUUUUACUACAAUAUCCGCUCAUUCGACACCAUUUCAGGUAGUCGAUUUGCUCAACGACCUGUAUACCUGCUUCGACGCAACCAUAAACGCUUACAACGUGUAUAAAGUGGAAACGAUCGGCGAUGCCUACAUGGUGGUUGGAGGUUUGCCAGUGCGAAUUCCGGACCAUGCAGAACAGAUAGCCACGAUGGCCUUGGACCUGUUACACCAGAGCGGCCGUUUUUGUAUCCGCCACCUGCCGGGCACCCCCCUUCGCCUGAGGAUAGGGCUGCACACGGGCCCCUGCUGUGCGGGGGUCGUGGGGCUCACCAUGCCCCGCUACUGUCUCUUCGGCGACACGGUCAAUACAGCCUCCCGAAUGGAAUCAACAGGGGCUGCUUGGAGGAUUCAUAUGUCAGAAGCAACCAAAUCACGUCUUGAGAAAGCUGGAGGUUACCAUAUAGAAUCCCGAGGACCCACUGAAAUCAAAGGAAAGGGUACAAUGGACACGUAUUGGUUACUUGGUAAAGAGGGAUUUAAUAAAGAAUUGCCAGUACCACCGUCAAUUGAGGAAAGUCACGGGUUGGAUGAGAGUCUUAUAGUAUCGACUCUAGCAAACAUUCCCAACAUUAAAGAAGAUUCCAUAGCAGACUCCAUAUCUUUGGAGAAUACUAGCAGACAUAUGAGUGUCAGCGAAGGCCACACAAAGGCUCCAAGUCCAAACCCUACAUUCAUCAAAACAAUGGAGCUGUCAAAAUUUUCUUCGCUGACGAGAACUCAUGACGACAGUUUCAGAUCGGAUCGCAUCGUGAAGAGCAUCUCCGGCGAAACUCCGAUCAUUCUGGGCACGCCGGUUUCAGCUUCGGAAGUGGCAGCUGCAUUGCUGGGAGCUUCGACGAGCUCGUUGUGCCCUUACAGAAGGGGACACCGCGGACCUGGUAAAAUCAAAGAGGAGCACGAGGAUAUAAGCACUCCCUACAGUCACUACAAGUCCCUGAGCCCCAAGCAACGUACGGGGAAACUUUUGCGGAGACAGUUCAGCCUGGACAGGACGGAGGAGAGCAUAAGGAGUGAUGAUCAAAUCAGCCCUAGACUUUGUAAGCAGAAUUCAGCUGGAGCAGCAGAUCUGGAGAAAAUUGAAGAGAUACCUUUGAGGAUUCCGUCAGCGACUCCUUCGAUUUCGUCACAGAUUCAGUCUUCUCUCUCUAUUUCUGUUGAUUCUUUAAUCCGAUAAAAUGAGAAUAUCUUUAUUUUUGCUCAAAAUAUACAGGGUUGUCCACCACAAACCACACGGAGUAUUGUAGCUAAACAAUUA